AUGGCAACUUCACCGCACCUGGUGGACAUCCAUCGACGAGAGCGAGUAUUUGCAAAGUCCCCAUCCAGCGGCGAGCGUACCGUCGCUUUGUCUUUGCUUGACGCUACUACUGCCAACUUUGCCCUCACCAACGCUUGUUGGCUCUUUGAGAAACCUCACCUACAAUCUCCAACUUCACUGGUAGACCACUUGAAAGAAACACUCAGUAUCGCUCUCGAUGCCUAUCCACAAUUCUGCGGCCGUCUGCGAGCCAUCGAUACCAUUGGCGACUCCACUCCUUUGCCAGACGAAGUCAAAGCCUUUCCCGCUCACGCCCGCCGCUUCGGUCGGGUAUAUGUGCAAUUCGGUCGCCCAGAUGACGCCGGCGUGGAAUUUGUAGCAGCAAGCAGCUCUGCAAGCCUGGAUGAGCUCCAUCCCUUGACGAGAGUGAGCACGAAACCUCUGUGGAAUCGCCAGGAGUAUAGCCUUCAGCCCUUUGUGCCUCCUGGUGAUGUUGCGCAUGCUCUGCAACCUACAGCCUCUGGGACAGACGGAGUAUUACCUCCGAUAAUGGCGAUUCAGUUUUGUGAAUUAUCGUGCGGUGGAUUCGUAUUGGCGGCUAAGAUUGCCCAUCCCGUCGCAGAUAUCUCCGCUUUGACGGUAUUUGUCCAGGACUGGGCUAGUAUCAGUCGUUCCGUUCUGCAAGGGAUGAUGGAGCUGCCCAAACCGAAUCCUAUUUUCGACCCGCAGCUCCUGGAUAGUAUGGCUGCAGGUAACAUCAAUGAACCAGAGCCAGACCAUGCCACGAUGAAGUGCGUGGAAAAUCUACCUCUCCACCGUUACGAUUGGUGGGCACCUCCAGGCAAACCUCCCGCGGCCCUGGUCGAUCAGCCCAUCAAGCCCGCAGGCAAUGCCAUGCCAUGGACGGAAUGGGAUGCCAAAGCCCCCGUAUCUACCUACACCAUUCAUUUCACUCGAGACCAAAUCGAGAAACUCUGGUCUGAUGCGAAUCCAACCGCAACAUCAGGAAACCUCCGAAUCAGUCGCCACGAUGCCCUUCUCGCACACAUCUGGUCCUGCAUCACGCGAGCUCGAAAUCUUCAUCAAGACACCCAACCCGUGCACUGCGAUCUCACACUCGGUUUACGUUCCGCCCUCGGCCUCGAUCGCACUUUUAUAGCUUCCCCGACCAUGAUGACCGCCAUCUCCCUGACCGGAUCAGAAGUUUCCGCACCGCAAAAUCUCCCUCUCAUCGCGCAACGAAUUCGCCAAAUUCUCUCUAUUAUUACCCGGAGAGAGAAUCUCGCUGCUCAUUUGCACAGUGUGGCUUAUGAGCAAUCUCCGCAACGGAUUUGGCAGGCGUUUCUCGGGCAACGGCAUAUUCUUGUGACGACUUGGGGGCGAGCGGGGAUUUAUGAGGUGGAUUUUGGUUGUGGUGCGGAUAUUCGUUAUGCGGAGGGGGUUAUGCCGAGUUUGGAUGGUAUGGUACUUGUUAAAGAGGCUCCUCCUUCUCCUCCUUCACGAUUGGGGUCUUCUGCGGCGGAGACGGGAGGCGGGGCGUGGACGGAUUGGGGAGUGGAUGUUUCGUUGUCUCUUCGAAGUGAACAGAUGGAAUGUUUACUAAGGGAUACUCUGCUGUUACCGAAAAUAUAG